AUGUCCAACGCAAGACAUUGGGAACAAGAUAAAGAGGCAACCGUCUACAUCGGAAACCUUGAUGAACGGGUCUCAGAUAGCCUAGUAUGGGAGUUGAUGCUGCAGGCUGGGCGUAUCGUCAAUGUCCAUCUACCCAAAGACCGGGUCACGCAGUUACAUCAGGGGUAUGGAUUUGUUGAGUUUAUCAGCGAGGAGGAUGCCGAAUAUGCAUCAAAGAUCAUGAAUGGAAUCCGUCUCCAUGGCAAGCCUAUUCGUGUUAACAAGGCAUCAGCCGAUAAACAAAAGACUGUGGAAAUUGGUGCAGAGCUGUUUGUGGGUAAUCUUGAUCCUAUGGUUGCCGAGCAGGUUCUCUUUGAUACAUUCAGUCGCUUUGGCAAUCUUGUCAAUCCCCCUAAAAUUGCUCGUGAUGACAGCAAUCUGUCGAAGGGAUACGGAUUUGUUUCUUUUGCUGAUUUCGAAUCCUCGGACGCGGCCAUCUCCAACAUGAAUGGCCAGUACCUGAUGAACAAACAAGUUUCGGUGCAGUAUGCGUACAAGAAGGAUGGAAAAGGCGAGAGACAUGGUGAUGAAGCGGAGCGAAUGUUGGCAGCCCAGGCUCGCAAACAUAAUGUACAGCCACCGACUCAGCAACCUUCGCAGUUCCCUGGCGCUCCCCCUGGUGUAUCAGCAACGCCUGUUAUGUCGAACGGCGACAGCUCUCGACCCUUGAGCACAGCCCCGCCACAAACACCCGAUCUAGGCAUGAAUCGGGGUAUGCCACCAGUUAUGCCAUACCAGAGUGCACCUCCUCCAAUGCCCUACCAGACCGCUCCCCCUCCAAACCGACAUGUUCCACCUCCCGUCCCUUCACUCAAUACCCCACCCCCCGGGCUUCCAGCCCGACCUCCCCCCUCUCAAGCUGGCUACGGCGGCCCGCAAUCCUUUUUGCCACCUGGAUUCAGUGGUGCAGGUCAGCCGUCCUUCGUCCCACAGGCUGCAACUCCCCCUGGAUUUGCGCCGCCUGGAUUUGGACCUCCGGCUGGGGCCCCUUCAUUGCCACCGGGAUUCCAACAGCCCGGAUACGGAAGCACUCGGUGA